AUGGGUCACACUUUGGCACGAGUAACUGUGUUUUUCGUCUCAGCCUCUUUCCUGCUGUAUUCAUUAUUUGUCGCAACAGUUACUUUUCUCAAACUAAAUUUUACGGUAUCUCAUAUUAGCGAACCGCUCCGAAUAGGAUACGGUGUAAUUUUAGUGAUUCUAGCUCCCUCCGGAUUAUGGGGAAUUAUUGGAUCUACUCAGAAUAAUUCGGAUUUAUGUGACCGAUAUUUAAGGGAACAUUGGUUUUCUAGUGGAGUUUUUACUAUAAUUGAUGGAAUAAAAGUCGCACUUUCUUUUACGAUGAAAAUUGAUUCGAUAAAUGCAUGUGUAACACCAACCGAUUCCUCUCAAGAUGCAAUUGAUGGAUGUCGUAGAAAGGUUGAUUUUAAUCAAAUAGCGAGUUUAAUCAUCUUCGGGGCGCAAGAAUAUUUUUUGAUUUUUCUUGGUAUUCUUGUAUGGUACAGUUGUAAACGUAUUAAACGCAUUACAAAAAAAAUAAAUGAAAAGGGCAAGGAAGAGGCAUUAGAGCGACUUGAUUUAAGCGAAGUCAUUCCAGAUGAAUCAAAUGUUGCUUCAAUGAACGCUUACGAUCUUAGAGAACAAAGACAAAACCUCCCAUUAGAUAGAAUAAAUGAUCAACCGACUUCAACGCACGUACCUCGUCGUCCAUCACAAUAUAAUAAAGGACGAAAUGAUCGACAAACGAUCCAAAUCAAACCUGAACCUAUGCCAAAUGUCUUAAGGUCCCGUGAAUUUCAAGGUGAUAAUUAUGAUGAUAAUAAUAAUGUGCAAGGAAUGAGGAGAUAUGAUCAAAAAAUUACAGCGCCACCACGUCCUCGAAAAUCAUACAAUCGGCAAAAUACGACGUCUAUUGAAUUACAACGAGAAUUAUCAGCUUCUCAAAGCAUGAAUUCAAUGGCUACGACAGGUCGUUCAAAAAGUAUGAGAAUGGCAGCUCCCCUUGCUCGUUCGAAUAAUAACGUGUUACAUCCACAAUUUCAACCUAUGCAACAAAUAAAAUAUCCGCAAGGAGCUCGAAAUAAAGGGGUUAAUGAUGGACCAGAUCCACCUGAAGGAACUCCCUUCCGCACACACAGACGUUCAAGGAGUCAUCCUCAACUUCGUCCACUUCCGGAUCCCCCAACUUCAGAUAAUUUUACAGUUCAACCAGAUCAUUCUGUCCCUCCUCAAAUUCAUCAACAGCAAGCACCGCCACCACAAAUAAUUGAAAAUGAACCAAUUGAUGAAUCAAAAGAUGCUAGUGAUAAUUCACAAAAGAUGUCUAAAGCUGCAAAUAGAUUAUCAAAUUCAUCACGAUAUAAACCAUCUUUAUCGCCCGUAUUUGAAAAUAGGAGUCCGAAGCAUUCAUCACUUUUGAAUCGUUCCAAUUCGCUACCAAAUUUAAAUGACCCUGAAGAUUUAAUGAGAAAUGAAUCGACCUUAGCUCCACCUGUACCAUUAAUUCCAGCAGGCUUAUAUCCUGAUAAUAAUAAGUCAAAGGUAUCUAAAUCACAACCAUCAAAGAUAAAUCUAAGCAGUGCUGAUAAGCUCGCAAGGUUUAUUGAUGCAUAUGGUAAUAAGGAUUAUAAUAGGAAACCGGAAAACCUUCAAUACAAUUAUUCAGAUAAUCAUAAUGGUUGGAACACGCAUGAAAAUGAUGAUUAUGUUUUCGAUCAUAGAAGACCAAAAUCGGCUCAUUCAGUAGGUGGUGAAGCUCGUCCUAAAUCUUCGGUUUCUUCAAUAUUUGGUGAAGAUAGCUAUUAUAGUAAUCAUUAUUAUUAUGAACCAUCAUCAAAUUACGAAAAUCAAGGAGCGAUGAAUAAUCAAACUUAUCAUCAAAAUUUAGGUCCAAUAACACCCGCAGAAUAUAAUAAUGGAGGAAAGUUUGUUCAAAAGUAUCCAACUGAAGGAGACAAUUAUAAUCGACAGGGAUCACAAAAAAACUAUUAUUAUUAA